CCUAUUCCUCAGCACAAACAAGGAAAACGAAAGUUAUCUCUCCUAUUCGGCAGCACAGUUUGUUAGUGUGCCGUAUCAAAAUGGCAGAGGCAUUUUUUGAAGAUCGGGAUUCCUUUAGCUGUUCAAUCUGCCUGGAUCUACUGAAGGAUCCAGUAACUACUGCCUGUGGACACAACUACUGUAUGGGCUGUAUUGAGGGCUGCUGGGAUCAGGAUGAUCUGAAGGCUGUCUACAGCUGCCCAGAGUGCCGACAGACCUUUGUCCCAAGGCCUGUUCUGAGCAGAAACACUUUGCUUGCUAAAAUGGUGGAUAAACUGAAAACUAUUGGUCUUCAAGCUACUUCUCCUGCACACUAUUAUGCUGAACCUGGAGACGUGGAGUGUGAUUCCUGCACUGGAAGAAAACACAAAGCUGUCAAAUCCUGUUUGGCGUGUCUGGCCUCUUACUGCGAGCCUCACCUCCAGCCUCACUAUCAAUCUCCUGCCUUUAAGAAGCACAAGCUGGUCAAAGCCUCCUCACAACUACAGGAGAAUAUCUGCUUUCAUCAUGACAAACUGCUGGAGGUUUACUGUCGCACCGAUCAACAGUGUAUCUGUUAUCUGUGUACGAUGGAUCAACAUAAAGGCCAUGAUACAGUCUCAGCUACAGCAGAAAGGACUGAGAAACAGAAGCAGGUGAAGGGAAAUCAACAGAAAUCCCUGCAGAGAAUCGAGAAGAGAGAGAAGGAGAUGCAGGAGCUGAGACAGGCUGUGGACUAUCUGAAGCACUCAMCACAGGSAGCAGUGAACGACAGUGAGAAGAUCUUUACUGAGCUGAUUCUCUCCAUUGAGAGAAGGCACUCUGAAGUGAAGGAGCUGAUCAGAGCCCAGGAGAAGGCUGAAGUGAGUCAGGCUGAAGGACUCCUGAAGCAACUGGAGCAGGAAGUGGCUGAGCUCAAGAAGAGACAUGCUGAGAUGGAGCAGUUCUCCCACACUGAGGACAACAUCCAGUUCCUUCAGAGGUUCAAAGACCAUAGUACCCCCCUUGUGUCUGAAGAGUUACCUGCCACCAUCCUUAACCAAGGUUGUGAUUUUAAGACGGUGAAGGAAUCUGUCUCAGAACUCAAGAGGCAGGUGGAGAGCUACUGGGAGAAGGAAGCAAUGAAGUUAUCAACAGCAGUGAAAGCUGUCCACAUACUGCAGUCAGCAAAGCCUAGCAUCGGAGACCCACAAUACACACAAAUCUUAAAAUACCCUGUAAUGUCAAAGCAGAAUUUAAGAGAAAAAAUGCUAGGUUUACACGUACACCAAACUCGCAAAUACGAAUGUUUUAAUUGUAGCAACAUUUCAGUUAACUCAGACAUUUGUGAAAUUUGUAGCCAAAGGCAGGGGCAGGGGGAGGAAUGGGUGGGAUGGAAGAGACAUUUUUGUCCCACCCAGUUUUAUCAUUGGAAUGUGAGACAGACGGAAAUGCGUUGA